AUGCUGCCUUUGUGGAUAUCCCCAAGCAGCAACGGAGCAUGUGUGCAGGGUGAGCGCAUCUUCUUUUCAUCGGACGCCAAACUGCCGCAGGACACCUCGGGGCCCAUUGCCAAGCUGCGCCAGAAGGAGCUCUACGCCAUCCAGGCAUCGGGAACGGAACAACGGAAGAGCCCGGACCGAAUCUAUGACUACCAGGCCUACAACGACCUCGGCAACCCUGUUAAAUCCCCCGACCUGGAAAGACCCACGCUCGGUGGCACAGCGUUCCCUUUCCCCCGGCGGCUGCGCACCGGCCGGCCGCUCGUGCCGGGAACCGAGUAUGAAGUCGCGCCGCCCAAGCAGCUCUGUGCGCCCAAAAUAAUUAAAGCACGACAACACACAAGGACAGCUUUGAAAUGCAGUGAUCGGCACUUAUUGAGAGCACUUAAAUGGGGAAAGACUGGCAUGGAAACUAGUACCAUAAGCAAUGUUGAUUGUAGUGUCACAAAGACCGCCUGUCGACCCAAAGCAUGUGCGUUGACACCAUCCAGCUGUGUGACGAGCAGGCCUAGGCAGGCGAGCAAGUUCAAGCUGCCGCGCGUGCGGCGGAAUCGGCAGCUGGUCUGGUGCAGCGACGAAGAAUUUGGGCGCCAGUAUCUGGCGGGGCAACACCCCUGCUUCAUCCAAGCCGUGACGCCAAAAUGGCUUCAUGAAGAAACCCUCUUCACCGACGAGUCCAUUGGCGGUGGAUCACAAUAUUCUCUGAUCACAGGUCUGCUGGAGGGCAAGACGCUGACAGAGAGGCUGGAGGAGGGGGGCCGGCUGUACCGGGCGGAUUACACCGCCGGCUUUGCCGACUACAUUGAGCGGAUCAACGCCCAGAAGAUACCGGAAGGCGCCACCAACGUUUCAUGGCUCACAAAGGACCGAACCCAGCAUGCCGGCAAAGCUUUGUUCUACUACACGGAUAACGGGUACAUGCUGCCUGUGGCGAUCGAGCUGCAGAAGAAGCUCGGCCAAGAGGGAACAGUGUACACUCCCUAUGAUGUCAAGGAGCUCUGGCAGCUCGCCAAGGAAAUCAUCUCAUCUCUUGACUGCGGGUACCACCAGCUGGUGAGUCACUACCUGCGCGCGCAUGCAUGCCAGGAGCCCUUCAUCAUCGCCACCAUGCGCCACCUGUCAGCCCUCCACCCGGUGUACAAGCUGAUGCUGCCGCACUUCCGCUACACGAUGCACAUCAACGCGAAUGCGCGAUCCAUUCUCAUCAACGCAGACGGCACCCUCGAACAGACCUUCACCAGCGGCAGGUACACGAUGGAGCUGGCAUCCUACGUGUACAAGAACCUGUAUCGCUUUGACCAGCAGGACUUCGAGGCAGACCUCAUCCUCAGGUGGAAUCCGGUGCGCGAUUCAGCGGAGAGGCUGGUGCCAGCAUUGGACUACCCAUACGCGCAGGACGGGCUUGAUAUCUGGUACGCCAUGCGCGACUGGUUCGGAGCCUACCUGCAACUCUACUACGCCAGCGACGUGAAGCUGAAGGAGGACGUGGAGAUUCAGAGCUGGUGGACCGAGAUUCAGGCGGAGGGACACCCUGACAAGACCGAGGGCUGGCCCGCGCUGGACACCGUAACGGACCUACGGGACAUCCUCACCACCAUCGCCUUUACGGGCUCCGCGCACCACGCCGCCGUAAACUUCGGGCAGUAUGACUACUCAGGCUACAUGCCAAACAGGCCGGCACUCAUCCGCAAGCCCAUCCCCGAAAAGGGCGGUGCCGGCGUCAAGGAGCUGAAGGAGAGCUAUGAGUCAGAGCUGCUGAGUUAUCUCCCAAACCCAGAGGAUUCCCUGGCGGCUGCGCUGCUGUACGUGGUGCUCUCUUCCCAUGCGCCCAACGAGGAGUACCUGGACCACAAAAUCCCCCAGUGGAUCGAUGACCGGAACGCAAGGGCGGCGCACGAGAAUUUCCUGACAGCGCUGGCAAAACUGGACGAGGACAUCUCGGCCCGUAACCGCAGCGGCAGCAAGAUCCGCGGCGUGGUCGGGACGCGGGGACUACCCUACGAGCUGCUCCGGCCGAAUUCAAAGGCCGGCGUCACCUCCCGCGGCGUUCCCUGCUCCACCUCCAUCUGAGCGGGCAUGCAUGCGCGGUUGCCAAACCUGGCACUUCUGAAGGGCAUAUUGAGAUACGGUGGGAUUGCCACAUCUGCGGGAUUACCUGGUUUCGUGGGGGUGCUUGCUGGUGGUGCUCCCUGCUCACCGGUCCAUCUGAGCGGUGGCAUUUCUUGCUGAUUAUUGUUCAAGUGACAAUCCCUCUCGUCUGCCGGCCGAGCAGCGUUCCCUGCUUCAUCAUCC